AUGCCUAGUCCAAAAUCUAAAAGUCCGAAAUCUAAAAGUCCAAGUCCAAAAAAGAAAAGUCCAAAAAAAAGUCCUAAACGAGAUGGUGACAGAAAGGCAGCAGAUGAUAUUCCCUCUGAAGAAGAAGAAAUUCUGGUCCCAGUACCAGAAGGUAUUAUGCAUAAACGAAUGCGAUUUCUGCUGGAGACAAAAUUAAAAACUGAUGUAGAAUUUUUAGUUGGUCCUGAAUACGCUCAAUCAAGUAUAAAAGCACAUAAGUGUAUGUUAGCUGCUGAAAGUCCAGUUUUUGAAAAAUUAUUCGCUGAAUGUGAUGAAUGGAAAGUGAACAGUAUUAAACAAAAAGAAGAAGAAUCAAAGCGAAUUAGAGAACGUGAUAGAGAAAUGGAGCUGGCCCUACAAAGACCUGCUUCACCAGCUGUUAAAAAAAGUCCUGGGAAAAAAGGCAGUCCAGGAAAGAAGGGCAGUCCUGGUAGAAAAAGUCCUGGUAAAACAUCACCGAAAAGAAGUCCAAAAAGUGAUACUAAACAAAGUCCUAAAAAGAGUCCAAAAGAGAAAAGUCCAAAAAAAGGCAGCCCAAAGAAAGCAGGCAAAGCUUCACCAGGAGCUGCAUCUGGUGCUGGACCAACAGCAUCGACUAUCAAUUUUUAUAAGGAUGAAGUGAUUGGAGAGGAUAUUAUUCAAGUUAAAGAUGUUAAUCCCUUGGGAUUUUACAGAUUACUGAGAUACAUAUACUAUGAUGAAAUGGUGUUCACAGGUGUUGUUGGAACAAUAAGAACACUAUAUGCUGCUAGGAAAUAUUGUUUUUAUGAUUUAGCUCGAGCUUGUGUCAACUAUCUCGAGAAUAAUGUAUGCAUUGAACAUGUAUUAAAAUUAUUAAAAGCAAGUUUUGAUUUCAAUGAACCACGAUUAAGAAAUUUAUGCAUGCGACUUAUUAUCAAUGAUACAUUUGAAGUAUUGAAACGUAAAGAAUUUAAAGAUGUUCAUAAAGACUUAAUUGUACAAAUAUUAAAACAAGAUGUUUUAAAUAUUCGUGAAAUUGAAUUAUUUGAUCAAGUUAUGCAUUGGGCUGAAAAUGAAUGUGAACGCAUAGGGAUACCAGUGACAGCAAUGAAUCAACGUAUUGCUUUAGGGAAUCAUAAUUUCGCGCUGAUACGAUUUCCAACUAUUCUGCCGCAUGAAUUUGCAACGCAUAUUGUUGAAAGUGGAGCAUUAAAAACAGAUGAAAUUAUUUCUAUAUUACAGUAUUAUAUAACAGGAAGAAAGCCUGCUGUUCCAUACUCGUGUAAAACUCGACGUAGACCAUGCUUAGAUCUAUCCCCGUUAGAUAAUGCUAGUGUAGCAUUUUCUGAGCAGACUGAUGUCACCUUUCUUAUAUUCACGGAUAAUAUUCGACGUGCUCAUAGCUUCCGUGAUCUUUAUAUACCAGAGGAUAUACUACCACCACCGAAAACAAUGCUUAUUCAACAACGUCAAGCUACAGGUUCCCCUCCACCACGAUUUAAGCUAACAGAUGAUGAAUAUGCCGCGGUUGAUGCAAAUAUUAAACACUUAGCACGAUUACACCAUGAAAGGGAACAUUUCGAAUAUGGAAAGCGUCAUUUGGCUAUUAUGCGAUCACAUUACAAAUAG